CGUCCGUUGGCGGGUUGGCAAAGGCGUACGACGGGUGGCCGCCAAAUCCACCGCAAGAUCCCCACAAGACCUGUCAAAACAUGCCCGCACAAACGGUAGGGUUGCGCUCAUCGCGAUAAAACUCGACUAGUCGCGUGUCCUGCCGCAGGACGACGAGCCAUGUGCAGUGCGCAUUCAUAACGCGCGACGCGAGAGCUGGUUCUCUAAUUUUUGUUCGCUGCCAGCGCCGCAUACAGCACGCGCAAGAGAUGAAGCCCAAGGCGCCCAAGGUGCUCUUCGUCGCCGACGAGCAGAAAACGCACAUGACGCACGCCAACAUGAAGAAACCAAAUUUUGAAAUAUACCUCUAUUUCCUCCUAUCCACACUGGCAUUAAGCGUAGCUUUAAAGUCCGUCUGGGAAAUGUCUCCGGACGAUAAAAUCACCACCGCACACGGUUUACUACUCUUUUUCCUCGGCGGCGUCUACUUCACAGCGUUGUACCGCCUUGCACAACAAUGCAUCACCGGCACCGACAUCGGUGUACGGCUACUAGUCAAGAAGUAUCGGUUUACUCAGGAGGAUGUAUUGGAUAUUAGCAAUAAAAUUGUCUCAUCAAUGCAAGCAUUGUUCUGCUGCAUCACCGGCUACGUGAUCUGGGGCCAUUCGUGCUGCAAAGACGUCGCACGCGCCAAUCAUUACGUCUCGCACGCGUACUCGUGGUUUGGCGCCGCGUACUUCUUCUACGAUAUCUGGUCGAUGUACAAAGUGCAUGUGAGCACGCCGCCGGGACAAUUGAAUACCCCCUCGGCGCAGAUACACACGCCGGCUGCGGUUCGACAGGGCGAUGCGCCGCUCGACUGCGGUCUGUUGCGGUUCUGGCGAUAUGUUAAGCUCAACCCUAUCAUCGUUGGGCAUCAUUUAUUUAUCGGCAUUUUUGGCUUUUCGGUCAUUAUUUAUCUAAAAGGAAAUUUAGGCGACUGCGUCUUCGGUUUUGUCUUCCUAAUGGAGGCAAGCACACCGUUCGUCUCGCUGCGUGGCGUCCUCUCACGCUUCCACAUGAAAAAAUCCAAACUGUACAUCUACAAUGGCUUCGCCAUGCUGAUCGUGUUCUUCCUGUGUCGCGUCGCGAUGUUCCCAUACGUCAUGUAUCUGUAUGCAUAUAGUGAAAAAAUAUCCUAUCUGGAUGCAAUAUAUUCUCUUCCACGGGGCUGUAAGAUCUCAAUUGCGAUUCUGAUGUUCCCGCAAAUCUACUGGUUCUACCUGAUGAUGAAAGGCGCGACCAAGAUCAUCAUCAACAUCUCCACGCCGAAGAAGACACGCAACGAUCUAGGUGGCGCGCUCGGCGGCAAUUCAAUCAUGGCCGAUUUACCAUCCGCAAGCACAACAACGCCAACAAACGCCUGCCACGAUUUCAUUGGUGAUUUACCAACAACGCCCACCACAGCAGCGUCAUCCUCCGCCACGUCUACAGGGAACAAAGACGAUUAAACUUACGAAAUGAUUCCAAGUACCAAGUAUUUUUACCGUUCGAUUUCGAUGUGAUUUAAGACGGGAUUGAAUAUUUUUAGAUGACCUCUAGCAGCACACUAUACUACUACCAGAAAAAGCAUUGAGUGUCCUUUACGCUUUCGAUGUAAACAACAAAAAAAAAAGAUAAAGAAGAAAACUGUAAGCAGAGUUGGUCAAAAUGUCAAAUGUUUAGCAUGUAGACGAGGGUAUACGACGUUUCCCGAACGAAUAAUUCAAGUUUCACGCCUAAAUAAAUAAAUUUAUUUAUUUAUGCCUGAAUCUUGAAUUAUUCUUGCUGGUUGAAUCGUUGUGCACCCUGUAGACGCAGUUCUAGUGUGACAAUCCUCGGGAACAAACGAUGAAUCAAUAUGCAUUGUGGCCGACUGAAAACGUGGAAACUGAAUCAAAACGAGCUUCAAACACACACACACACAAUACUGACACACAAAUACUUUAUCUUUACCGUGUUUGUAUUUACGAUUUACAUCAUUUUGUGAACUGCUUUUAAUUCAAUGCAUUUGUAUUCAACGUCGCCCAACGAAACGUACAUUUCGACAACCAAGACUUCUUGAGACUUUUUACUAUACUUUGUAUACAUGUAUACCGAAUUAUACCGCUGAGAUUAUUAAUGAGGCGCAUAGAGUGGCGAAGAGCAGAGAGAUUAAUGAGAUCUAUAUAUACACACAGAUUAAAUACUUAAGCGUAGGCUAGACACUAGCGCAAAAUUGUGAAAUGCAAACGCAGCGUAAAUCAAUUGUACGUACGUGCAGAGGUAAAGAUGUUGUACCAUUGUUUAUUGUAAAUUACUGUAUAUCUAUUGUAAAUUAUCGAAAUGUCCGUGAUGGAUCAAUUAAAUUGAGUGUUAUUUGUUGAUCAGAA